CAUUUCAAACUUGUUCCGUGUCACGUGACGCAGGGCGACCUUCUGGGGAGCCGUUGGGCCGCUGCCUUCACUCCUCCUGCCUCCCGGCCCAACAGCCGCCGUCUCCUGCGGCGCCGCUCGCUACAAACUACAAACUUCAAACUACAAACGCUGUCAUGGCGGCCGCCACCAGGCUCAGGUCGAGGUUGGCCCUGGUCACGGGAGGAGGCAGUGGGAUCGGUCGGGCGGUGUGUCAGCGCCUCGCCUCCGAGGGCGCCUCCGUGGUGGUCGCCGACAUCAGCCCGGAGUCGGCCGGCGAGACCCUCGGGGGGCUGCCGGGCGCCCUCGCCGGACAAGGCCACAUGGCGGCGGCGGUGGACGUGUCGUCGAAGGAGAGCGUGACGAAGCUGCUCACCGGGAUUCAGACGCACUACUUCCAGCCUCCCUCGCUGUGCGUGAACGCAGCGGGCAUCACGCAGGACGACUUCCUGCUCCGCAUGUCGGAGGACCAGUUUGACCGGGUCCUCCAGGUCAACCUGAAGGGUUCCUUCCUGGUCCUCCAGGCCGUGGCUCAGGCUCUAGUGGCCUGUGGAGCACCCAAAGGAUCCAUCGUCACCGUGGGCAGCAUCGUGGGAAAGGUGGGAAACAUCGGUCAGGCCAACUACGGCGCCUCUAAAGCCGGAGUGGAGGGUCUCACCAGGACGGCCGCCAAGGAGCUCAGCAGGUUUGGGAUUCGGUGUAAUUGUGUGCUGCCGGGUUUCAUAUCGACUCCGAUGACGGAUAAAGUUCCAGAGAGGGUUCUUAUCAAGAUGAAGUCCUUGGUGCCCAUGGGGAGGAUGGGUGAGCCCGCAGAGGUCGCCGACGUCUGCGCCUUCCUGGUCUCGGAUGACUCUCGCUACAUCACCGGGGCCAGCGUGGAGGUGACGGGUGGACUGUUCAUGGGCUGACUGGGGGAGCAGCGGGAGGCCGGCUCCUUCGCCUUUGAAUUCUUUAUUUGCUCCUUAUUACAUUUAAUUGUGCUUUAUAAAUGGGGCUGACGACAGGUACGACAGUGUGAAGCCACUUUGGUGCCAAUAAACAGCCGUUUGUAAUAUUUCUGUACAGAAUGGAAUAUUUUAAUCUGAAUUAAAACUACUUUACUUCA